CCUCAGUCUCAUCUGAGUACUCGCCACAGGAGCACAAAGGGGAGAGUUGCACAGAGCCCAUGAUGGGGGACUCAAAGCUCUUUCUUUCACUACUCCUAAUCACAGUUACUUUGACUUAUGCUCAAGAACAUGCAACCUGCCUGAUAAACCAGAGGUACAAAGCCUACCACAAGUAUGAAUACCUGUACGAAGCAGAAUCCUUGAACGGAAUCAAUGGUGCUUCACAUCACAGGAAUGGACCUAAAGCCACUUGCAAGGUUGAAAUUGAAGUACCUCAGACUUGUAGUUUCAUCGUCCGCACCACUGGCUGUAGCCUGAGUGAGGUGGUCGACAUGGACGCAGAAAACAACCCCGUGUUCAGUCCUGCACCCAGCUCAGAUGACUUUGCAGCUGAAAUGGAGAGAUAUCCUCUGAAGGUUGUGGUUGAUGGUGUGUAUAAUGUGAAACUGUACCCUGAGGAUGGUGAGAAAACAACCAUCCUGAACAUCAAAAGGGGUAUCAUCUCCGCCCUGGCUGUGCCUUUGCCGGAAGAAGACAAGAAUAAGAAUAUGCCCACUAUCCACGGCAUGUGCAAGACGGAUUACUCCAUAAACUCUAGAGACGGCAUUGCAACAGACAUCAGCCUCACCAGGGAUCUGUCCAAGUGUGACAAAUUCAUCCCCAUGAGAGAUCACACCAGCCCCUUGGCACUUAUCUCUGGCAUGCACUACCCUCUUGCCCAGCUGGUCAGAAGCUCACAGACCUGCAACUACAAGUUCGAUAAUGAGAAGAAACACAUGACCUCUGGAUCCUGCACUGAGAACCACAUCCUCAUUCCCUUCUCACACAAGGGAGAAUAUGGAGUUACCAAUGUUGGAAAGCAAGAACUGACUCUGAUUCAGGUUUCUCCUCACAAUGAAAGAGUCUUUGAUCGCAGUGACAUUGUCAAGGGUCUUCACAUGGAGGUUGUCGAGGACAGGAGUGUUGUCCAAGAUAAAGAUGCAGGUCUAAACCUUCUGAGAGAACUGGCAACUCUGCCUGAGACUGAAGGCGAGAGGAGGGCCCACCUCUUCCACAAGCUUGUCACCAUGGUCCGUGGAAUGAAAACUGAGACCCUGAGUCCUGCCAUUCCUGAGGCUCUUGCCGUGUCCCGUGUCCUGACCUACCAGGUUCUGGCCCAGUGUGGAACACCUGAGUGCAGCAGUGCCAUCAUGCAGAUCCUCAGGACUUAUGACAGCUCUUCACUCGAGGUUGAUGCUACAGUUUUUGCUCUGGGACUUGUGUCCAAUCCCUCUGCUCUCCUGAUCAAUGACAUGCUUGAGAUGGCCAAAUACAAGCCCAGCAAGCCCAUCAUGUAUGCCCUGAGCAAUGUUGUCAAGAGGUUGUACAAAGCUGAAGGUAAACUGAUCCCUGAGAUUUACUCCAUUGCUGAGUUCAUGGCUGCCCAGCUGGGUGACUGUUCUGGUGACAAGGACAACACUUUCAUGACCCUGAGAGUUAUUGGAAACAUGGCUCCAGCUCUGGUACUUGCUGGUCCUGCACUCAGAGGCGCUGUCAUCCAGUGUGUGAACCAACCUGCAGCUUCCCCGGCUGUCCAGCAGGCUGCCAUUCAAGUGUACAGGCUGACUACAGUCCCUGAGGAGAACAGAGAAGUUAUCAUGCAAGUGCUUUUGGACAGUGCAAGCCCAAUGCAAAAGCGCAUUGCUGCAUAUCUGGUACUUAUGAAGGACCCCCAGCCCACUGAACUGGCCCAGCUGGCUAAUGCUUUGCCCAAUGAGCAGGACCAACAAGUCAAGAGCUUUGUGAUUUCCCACAUUACCAACAUUUUGUCCUCAACUGUGCCAGAGACUCAAGAAUUGAGACAGAAGAUUCGUGAUGCCCUGCAGGGUCAUGAGAUCGGGCCCAUUAUGGACCCCACCAAGUUCUCUCGCAAUUACAAGAUCGGAUCUGUGGAAGGCAACAUGAUCUUUGAGGGUACCAGUUACCUGCCCAAGGAGGCCAUGCUUGAAAUGACUCUGAAGGCAUUUGGCUAUGAGAUUGAUAUGAUGGAGGUUGGUAUGGAAGGCAAAGGAUUUGAGCCAACUGUUGAGGCCCUGUUUGGAAAGAAUGGAUUCUUCCCUGAUACUACCCUGAAGACAAUGUACUUUGUCUCUGAUAACAUGCCUCUCAGAGUCAAUGAGAUCCUGCAGAACAUGCUGCCUUCUCUGAAGAAGGACAGGAUGAAGAGACAGGCCUCCCAGAACUUGAUGAGGGAGAUUGGGCGCAACCUCAAUAAACUGGUGAAGGAACUGAAGACCACGCAAUCUCCAAAGGCAAUGGUUUACUUGAGGUUUUUAGGAAAUGAGCUGGGAUAUCUGAGGACCAAUGAAAUCACAGAGAUGUCCUACUCCGCUGCCAUGAUGAUUGACAACAUGUUCAAGUUGUUCCCUACUGAACUAAUGCGGUCACUGAUGACCAAGGCUGACAACACAAUCUUUGCCCACUACAUCUUCAUGGACAAUGAAUUCUUCCUGCCUACUGUCACUGGUGUGCCUCUGAGGAUUGCACUGUCUGGUACUUUCACCCCUGGCAUCAAGGGUGGAUUCAAGAUUGCUCCUGACAUGAGUGAAGUUACCUUCAUGCCCUCUGCUGGCAUUGAGUUUGUAACUCAGGUUGGCUCCCACAUCCCUGAAUAUGUCAACUCUGGAUUAGAGAUGCACACCAACAUCUUCCAUGAAAGUGGAAUCAGUGCAAAGAUCUCCAUGGGACGCGAUAAUGUCAAGUUGACCAUCCCUGCUCCAAUGAGUCCUACAAAACUCAUAAAAAUGACAAACACCCUGGUGGCAGUGACUGGAUCAGAAGUGAAGACAAUUCCCCCUAUGGUGAUGGACAUGGUUGAUGUCAAUGAGUGCACUCCCGUCUUUGCUGGAAUGAAAUACUGCACUGCUCUGCAGUACACUGAUGCUUUCUCGCAGAAGACAUCCCCCUACUUCCCCUUCACUGGAGACAGCAAAUUCGCUGUGGAGCUCCACCCUACUGGUGAAGUCACUGAGUACACAGCCACUGUUGCCUACGAGCUCCUCAGAGAGGGAGAAGGGGGCCGGCAGAAGGUUGACUCUGUGAAGUUUAUUCUGAGAGCUGAAGGUGCAGAGCCCACUGAAGCGAGAGCAAUCAUGAAAUAUAACAGAAGGAAGAAUGUCAUCACAGCUGACGUCCAGAUCCCUGACUAUGAUGUGGAGGCUGGACUCAGGUUGGGUGUGGUUGAUGGAAACACCAAGGGCAAAGGAACUCACUCCAUCUCUCUUGACUUCAUAAACAAGAACAUUCCUCAGCUCUCCCUGGUUGGUCGUGCCAAUCUGAAGGCCAUGAAGGAAGGUAUGCUGCAAGUCCAACUUCUUGUCCCCUCAGUCAAUGCUGAUGCCACCGUCACAGCUAACAUGAAGCGUGAUGAAGAGUUGGAACUGGAGCUCAAGAGUGAAAUCAAGUUCUUGGAAACUACUUCUGAGCAGAAAAUCUCAAUGAAAUAUGAUACCAGCAAGAUUGAGGUUGAAUUUAAGUCAGAUGUGGACUCUGAGAUCUUGGACAUUCUUCCAUACACUGACAAGAUUAAAAAGUAUGGUAAUGAUGUUCUUGACAUGCGGGUAGGGGAGACUGACAUGACAAUCUGUCAAAUUUUCAAGGCAUUUGUGGAGGCAACAAACAACCACAUUGAAAGCUACGCUGUUGAGAUCCCUUACAUUCAGAGCUUCAGAGUGCCUGAUAUUCCUGAGGUUUCACUGCCAGAGAAACUGUUCUUUAAUACUGAGGCAAAGGCUGUCUACCAUUUCAAAAAUGAGCGUUUCACCAUCGCUAUCCCUCUCCCUCUUGGAGGAAAGUCAACAGAAGAGCUUAACUUCCCACCAGCUUUGACCACACCUCGCAUGUCUCUACGCCAGUUUGGACUGGAGAUUGUCUCCAUGGAGAUUCCCAUCCCAGAGCUUGUUGUACCUGAGAGCCUUACUCUGUCUAUUCCUCAUUUUGGCAAAGCUGAGCUUUCAUCUCUAAUAAGGAGUAACCUAUACAACAUAGAGGCCUCAAUGGCAGCUGGCAAAGAUGUGGUGGAGACACCAAGCUACUCAGCUAAGUUUGAUGUGAAAGGAACCUCCCCACUUGACAUCCUCUCAAUAAAGAUUGAAGGCUCUGGAAUGUUGACCACCACUGAUUCCAUCAAGGCCCAGUUGAAAAGCUCUUUGGCACACAAAUUCAUUGAAGCCAGUAUUAGUAUUGUUGAGGAUGUAACAAUCUCAGACAAAAUCAACUUGAGAUCAAGCAGCAAGAUUGAAGCCACAAGCCCAUUUGGUCUCAAUAUUGCUCUAGAGCACACUGGUAUGUCUGGAAUCAACACUGAAGAAAUAUCUGCUGAUAGCAACUUUGAGGGAAUGUUCAAGGCUGGACCCAUGUAUGGCAAGACCAUUUCGACCCAGUCAUUCAGCAUCUUUCCAUUCAGGCCAGAGGCAAAGAUCGAUUCUACUGUUCAGAUUGACUCCACUAUUAUUCAGGCCCAGAACACAAUUGCAGCAACCCUUGCCAAUGGGGAAUUCUCUGUUGUGUCUAACACCAACGCAUUUGAAGACAUCGUGACCCAUGUUGCUGAGCUUUCCUUCAAAGACAGCAAGUUGUCACUGAAAUAUGAUGCAAAUGCCCUUGCUCUUUGUAUGAAGAUCCGCAACCAGGCUGAAGCCUCUGUUGGUGCUGGUGAAGUUGUCAUGAGAAUGGAGACAAAUGCAGAUCACUCUGAAAACCGUGUUUACUCUCUGCUGACUGCCUCUCUUGAUGUUAAUGGUCUGGCUGUAAACAGUGAUGCCACUGUGAAGCUCCUUGAGAAUGAGGCUAUUCACAAAGCUACACUGAAAAUGAACAAGGAUGGUAUGACCACAAGUGGAACAAACACCCUCCAGAGCCCCCUUGCCUUGGAAAACACCUUUGAUGCUGGGCUUGAUGCUUCAAGAGCUACUCUAUCCAUCACUAACAAGGCUGCGAUGCGUGACAUGAUGGUUGAUAAUGCCAAUACUUUGACCAUUACUCUCUCUAGCUUUGACUUCACCUCAAAGGCUGAAGCCACUGCAAGUGAGUAUGCUUCCUACACUCAUGAUAUCACCAUCGACCUGAAGCCCUACACUGCCUCUGCAAAUGUUAACAACAACUUGAAACUUCUGGCGGCAAAUGUCAAUCAUGAGGCUCAGCUGCAGGCAGAGCUGUACAAGAUGGACCUGACUGGAAGCCUGAAAACCAUCUAUGGUGAGGAAGAGAUCAAGCACACAUAUCAAGUAAAUUAUGCUGAAAUGACUGCGAAUGCAAAGUGUAGCACCACUGGAAAAGUCUUUGGAACUCACAUGAGCCACAACACAGAGCUUGAGGUUGUUGGUCUUGCUGCCAGACUCACCAAUGAUGCUCGCUUCAACUCUCAGCCAUUGCGCUUUGACCACACCAUCCGUUGCAGUAUUGUGCCUUUUGAUUUUAACCUUGAUGCCGUCUUCAAUGCUGAUGGAGACCUGACCAUGUAUGGAAAGCACAGUGGCCAGCUCUAUGGCAAGUUCCUCCUUAGAGCACAACCCCUGGCUUUUGCUAGCUCACAUGAAUACAGAGCAUCAGUAACUCAGCAACUACAUAACAGUUUUACCCUUGAGACAAUUAUUGACAACAACGUUGAUACUGUUCUGUCACCCAUAGAGCAGAAGACCAGUUUUAGAAUGAAGUCUAAAAUGAAUGACCACAUUUUAAGUCAGGACAUAAGUGUUUACAACACUGAUGAGAGAACUGGAAUUGAGGUUUCUGGCUCCAUCCUCACAAAUAUCCUCAACACAGACUCCACAGACAACCAGGAAUUUGCCAUCUCUGGGUUCCUCAGGUAUGACAAGAGCUCAAAUAGUCACAUAAUUCAGUUCCCUAUGAUUGAAAGUCUUUCUUCUUUCUUGGAAAGCAUGAAGGGGCUAUUUGUACAAGUUGCAGAGGCAGUGCAAAACCAUGUUAACAAUGAGGACAUCAUAGCUAAACUUGAGGCUCUUCUUCAGCAUGCAAGUGACCUUUUUUCUCAACUGAAUAUAGAAGACAAACUAAUUCAGCUGAAGCAGUAUUUCAGUGAUUUUACCCAAGAAUAUGUCAUCUCUAUGGAGGAUGUGGAAGCCUCUUUGAGAAACCUGAAGGUUACUGUUGAGACAUUGCUGGCUGAUCUUACUGUUUACGUCCAGCACUUUGCUGGUAUGAUGAAGGAGAUUAUUGUUAGUGGCACUCUGCCUGAAACCCUCAUUCAGAAAAUCCAGCAACUGCUGAAUGCCAUUAAUGAGGAGUAUGACAUCAAGGCUGUGGUUGUGUAUGUGAUUGAUACCAUAAGGGAGGUGAUCCAGCAGAUUGACCUGGAAAAACUGAAGGGCAGCAGCAUUGCAUUGUUGUGUGAUAUUGAUGCCAAGUAUGAAAUCAUGGCUAAGCUGCAGAGAAUUGUGAGUAACAUGAAACAAACAAUUGAGACCUUUGACAUGCAGACAUUUGCUGCUGAGUUGAAGAGGUACAUUUCAUCGAUCAACUUUAGAGCUCACAUCGAGGAACUAGUGAGUCAGAUUCCCACAGAGAUUUUCAGUGAUAUAACAGAUUAUAUUAGGGAAAUGAUUCAGGACCUCGACAUCCUAGGAAAGAUCAAUGCAUUUUAUGUUAAAAUGAGAGAGCUGAUUAUGAAGUUUGAGGCUGAGAGAAAGGUCCAAGCGGUUUUGGAAAAGGUUGUGGAGCUCAUCAAGCAGUUCAGAAUUGAGGACACCAUCAGGACUGUAGCCAAGAUGGUGAAGGACGCACACAUCCCUACUAAAUUUAUGGAAGUAUUCCAGGGUGCUAUCAAUUACUUAAAAACAACUGAGGUUAAGGAUAUAAUUUCACAGUUCAAUGUAUAUAUUAGCAUUAUUGAGGAGAAAUGUAAGUCAUUUGACUAUAAUGACUUUGUGGAUCAUACCAAUCAAAUGAUAGCUGAGUACACUACUCAUGUGAAUGACCUGAUCAAGGCUCUUGAAAUCCCUCAGAAAUUUGACGCAACAAGAGAUUUUGCCAACUUGAUCUUAUCCUCUGUUAGGGGUCAUGUGGAACAACUUAGAGAAAUUAAAAUUGCAGAACUUGUGAAGGAAUUCUUUGACCAAGUUGUGUUAAAUAAUCUGAAAGGAUUUGCUGAAAUUAUAAAGCAAGAAUUUGCUAAACUGGAUGUCAAUGCUGAAAUUACCUCUUACCUGCAGUUACUAAGAAAGUUCUAUUCAGAGUUCAUAACUAUUGCCACGGACAUGUGCACCAGUAUAAUUGAGAUCAUUAAGAAGGUGGCACCUCAGCAAAAAAUUGUCAGUGAGAUAUUGCAGAUCAUCGAGGGGCUUAUUACUGAACUGAAGAAAGCUGAGCUAAACAUGCCAUCCUUCACCAUUCCUCUCACUGAUCUUGUUAUGCCUUCCAUGAAGUUCAGCAUCGAUCAGCUACACCAGUUUGAAAUCCCAUCACAGCUGGACAUCCCUGAGUUUACUAUCUUGGGUUUCCACACUGUGCAAGCCACCACUAUCUCAACUAAUGACAUUAAACAGAGAAUCAUUGAUUUGAUUGAUUUUGUUCUCAACUUUGAGAUGAAGAUGUUUGAUAUGGGUGCUUCGUUUGGAGAACUAACUAUAUAUCUUCCUGCCCUGCCUGAGUUUUCACUUCCUGAGAUUACAGUAUCUGAGUUUUCCUUUCCCAGUCUUCCUCAUGUUCCAUCGGAGAAACUUGUUAAUACUCUCCAACUCCCAACAUUUUACCUGCCAGCCAUUCCUAGUGGGAUCAUUAUUCCAGGAUUUGGUAAACUGAGUUAUGAGAUAAAAGUCAACUCCCCCAUCUACACUGUUAGGAAUGCUGCUGAGGUCCAGAGCUCUCUUGAUGUAGAUGAGACUCCUCAGUUGAUAGCUUUUAUGACUUCCCAAGGCACCUCUCUCAGUUAUGAAAUCCUUAACUUUAACCUGGAUUCCACUGCUCGUAUUGCUGUUGCCAAGGGGCCUCGUGUUAUUGCUGCUGAAAGCCUUAAGUUCACUCACAAUUUUCUUGCGUUGGACCACCAUGCAUCUGUGACAUUUUAUGACUUCUCAGCCCAGGCUUCAGCCAAGACCAUAGUAAAGGCCACCACAGCACCCUACAAUGCUGAGCUUUUAAAUGAAGCUUUCUUAGCUACCAAGGGUGGUUUAUCUGCCACUAUUGACACUUCCUUUAAACAUACAGUCAACCUCCCCAUCAUGGGCCUCACUGGUGAGACAUCUGUAACUCAAAAAGCUGUGGCCCGCCAAGAAGGUGCCUCUAUUACAAUAACUGUUGGAAAUCAGGGUUCUUCCACCUUCAACUCUCAUGACAGUACCCACAAGAGUGACUUGCAAAUUGUGGUCAAUCCAAGUACAGUCAAAUUGACCUUCCUUGGUGACACAGAUACACUCAUUUUGAAGGUGAGACAGACCCUGAGUGCUGACUUUGUUAUGUUCAGCCAUUUAAAGCUUGAUAUUCGCUCUGAAGCAGAAGGCCCGACCAUCAAAAACAGCCUUUUAGUGGGAUCACUGAAUGCCAAUCUGCAUGACAUGAAGCUUGAGCUGAAGGCAACCCAUAGCACAGAUUUAAUUGGUAUUGUCAAUGGAGCCCUAUACAAUGUGAUUGAUGUUGUUCUCUGUCCUAGAGAAGUUGUGUUCAGCUUUCAGAAUAAGGGAAACACCAAGGUCAGUUUCAAUGAUGCUCUUACUGCCAAAAUUGAUCUGCAGAAUGAUUACACUGCAACCUUCAGGCCUGACAAGCAACAUAUGAACACUGUCACUCUGGCCAAUUUUAAUCAGUACAAACUUUUCUGGAACUUCACUGCAGAGAACAAUGAGAGAGAGGCUGCCAUCCUUACUGAUGUAAAAGGGGAAGCAAACUUUGAUUUCCUGACUACGCCUCUCAGCAUUCCUGAAAUUGAAAUUCCAUUUGUUGACUUACGCACUCCAGCUAUUAGUGAUCUUGACUUGUAUGACCAAACAGGACUGAAACACAUUUUGACUACCACUCAGCAGACUGUUGAUGUGGACACUAAGAUUGUUUAUCAGAAGAGCCAAGCUCCCCGCUUGGUUGAUGUGAUGGGUGUAAUCCACAUUCCAUCUGUGGGGAACCUGAUCACUGAACUGUCUUUCAAGUCUGGCAUUAUCAAUCUGAAUGUCAAUGCUGGAAUGUAUGCUGAGGAUGAUCUUGUCUUCCGUCUGGGAGCUACCACAGCCUCUGUGUUUGAAGGUCUAAAAUCCAAACUUGAUGCCACCACCAGUUUGACCCUGAAGAGAGGAAUAAAGUUGGCCAAUUCCCUGUCCCUUGAAAAUCAUCACAUGGAAGGCACUCAUGACAGCACCAUCAGUAUGAAUACUGAGACUUUUGACACUGCUAUCUCUGUGGCCACUGUUGCAAAGAUUGCUCUCCCUAUACUCAAUCUGGAAGCCAACCAAAAUCUGGUUGCAGACACAAAAACCAAACCAAAUGCUGCCUCCACCUUGAGGAUGAAGGGUGAUUUCAACAUCCCUGUGAUCAAGGCUGUUGGAAAGGCUGAGGUAGACCACACUCUGAAGAUGGAAGGAACCUUUGAGUAUGUUUCCAUGGAGGCAUCCACUAGGGCAAACAUGGAUGGCACAGUGCUCGAAGACUGUUUAGUUUUGGGAGUCCUAGAUAAUGAGGUUAAUCUCUAUCUGAAUAAUGAUGGCCUACGCUCCACCUUCAAGGUUAUUGCUGAUUCCAAGCUUAACUAUGGCACCACAAAAGUAAUUGGCAUGGAUGUAAAUGAGAAUCUCUCUGUUGAAGCCUCCCUGGGCCGUGUGUAUGCAGUGCUAAAGUAUACUGGCAACAAUGAGGCAAACUUGUUCAACUUUAACACCAAUGGGAAGCAUAUUGCCCAAGCCACCAUUGACUUUGCACCAGCAUCUUCCUUGACUGCUGAUAUUGAGAUAGAUAUAUCUCAGCCAAGCAGCCUGGGUGAGUUCACCAUCUUUGAAAAAACUGUUGCUGAAGUGACAGCUGCUAAGCAGAAGAUGUCAACCAAUGUCAAGAUUGUCAGCCCACUGUACACCACAAACCUGGCAGCUGAAGUUGAGGGAAAUGCUCCUGUCUUCAAAGUCACCUUUAAGUCCUCUGCCACCUCUGCCAUCGUCAUCUUGGAGUAUGACCUGGACUCCUCCAUUAUCAUAAACUUUGAACAAGAUGGCGUGAGCCUGACUGGGAAGGUGGUUUUCACCCAUAGUGAUCUGACCAUGGACAUUCAACACCUUCUUUCCCAUACACUGAGUGACUCCCGUCUCACCCUGAAUGUGGACAUAAACAGCCCUGCCUUUACUGACAUGAACUUGCGUUAUGCUGUCCGCAAAGAUGGAAUCAGUGCCACAAUCUCUGUCCCAUCCACCGGCUUCCUGGGUCUUCAGCUCCAUGGAAGGGUCCCAUCUCAGAUGAAUGCCAGGUUUUAUGGCCGUUAUGCUUCUGAUCCUGGGAAGGAUGUCGAUAUCAUCACCGUCAGAGCUUCUGCCAAAGAUGCUGAUAGAAUUAAUCUGAAGAUGGUCUUCAACAUGGAAGUCCCUGACAUCAUGGUCAGCGGACUACAGGAAAGACUUCCUGCCAUCAUCUCUUGUUUGUCUAGCUUUGCUGAGAAAUAUGAACUGUUCAGACAUGCUGCUCAGCUGAAGAAUAUUAUUAUUGACUAUACCGAAGAGGCCCACAUCAUUGCAAAUAACCAUGCCCCACAUCUGAGCCAGGUGUCCAUCCUCUUUAGGAACACAGUUGUUCAGUACCAGAAGACUGUUCAGGUAUUUCUGGAUGCUGUCAUCAAGAUCCUGAGGGAGACCCAUGUCAAGUUGCCUGGUUCUGAGGAGAUGAGCCCUCUUAUUGAGGUGCUCAAUCAGAUGACCACCAGAAUUAGUACUAUGGUAGAGAAAGCCAUGCGCUUGGUGGCCAUUAACGUAGAAUAUGCUUCCAACGCUGUAAUUGGCAUGAUCAGUAAAAUUCAGGUUACAAUGCCCAUUGGUGAUGUCAUGGCUGGAGCCCAAAUAAUUGACGAGAUCAGGGACAGGGUAAAGACAAUGCCUAAUCCUAUUUUGGAUGUUUUGAAACAGCUGGAGAGUCUAGACAUGUUCCUGAAGAAACUGGGUGACACCUUAAAAUUAUAUGUUGAUAAAGUUCAGGACUUCGUUGACAAUGCCCUAAAGUCUGAUGUCCUUGAUGCUGUUGCGGUCUACUUUAAUGAUUUGUAUCACAAAUAUGUACGUUUCAUGAAAACAGUCACCAAGUACGCAAACAGAGCUUUGGACACUGAGUAUAUAAAUGGAGCCCUUAAUUACAUUCUGGAUAUUUUCAGAUCUGUAGUGAAUCAAUUGAACUACUCCGUUACUGACUAUCUGCAGCAGGCUCCUGCUCAGUACAGAGCUUACGUAAAGGUUAAGGGUAGAAAGCUUGAGAUUAAUAUUUGAUUCCACCUUCGCAAGUAAGCUAAAAUAUUUAAAUGAUACUAUUUAAACUGCUUUAAAUUAUCCAAAAAUAAAGGUGUAAGUGUUCAAAACAUGUAUUUAAAAAAUAGGCAAACAAAUACUAGAUGAUCUGUUUUUUUCAAAAAUAAAUGGAAAAACAGAGGCUGAGCAUAAAACUAUUACAUGUAACAACAGUGCAUAUAACAACCUGUAUACCAUAUCUGUUGCAAUUCUAAUUUGUAUAUCUUUGUUUGAUAGUGGUGUGAAAUAAAGUGUGUUUAAUGAA